AUGCUCGCUCCUGGCAUCUUCUUCCUUCUGUUGAGCGCGGCCUUGUUCGCAGUGGCAGUUGUCGUCCACUUCCACAGCUCGUCGCUGUCCCUGCCCAUCACACCCGUCGUCACGAUCCUCACCGCCAUCCUCCCACUGGUAUCGUUCUUCAACGCCUACACCUACCCAUCCUUGCUCGCCAACACGCGUCAUCGCGACUCGCAGUUUGCCCGCCUCGCGCCCACCAUCCCGCAGGUCGUCCAGGCUCUCGUCACAACCAUCCUGGCGACUCUGCUGUUCGAAGCCUCCGUGCCGUCACAGGCCAUGAGCUGCAUCCUCGGGAACGAAUGGAUGGCGCGCUUCCGCGCGCACGACGCCAACACCAUCCGACGCGUACAGGAUAUGCUCGAGUGCUGCGGGUUCAACAGCGUCAAGGAUCGGGCGUACCCCUUUCCUAGAGGGGCGCCAAGUACCUGCGCGGACACCUACGGGAGGACAGUGGCAUGCAGAGUGCCCCUGGAGAGGGCUGUGAGAGUCAGCGCGGGUGUCGACCUUGGCGUCGUGCUGGCUGUUGGUUUACUGCAGAUAUUAGGCUUGCUUAUGAUGCGAGAAGGGAACGAUUGGUGGACAGCAUGGCGAACAGGAGGCUGGCGACAUGUCAUAGGCGGUCGGGGGAGCAGCCGACCUCUUCUGACGGGUCCCGACACGCAAGAAGAUGACCGGCCUGAGCAGAGCGAGAGACGAGCCUAUGGUGGCACCGACGAGGAGCAGUCGGGCCCCCGAGUCGAACCGUCACCCAUUCACGAACGCAACGCCUGGAACGAGCACUGA